AUGGGUAGAAGAGGUAGACAAAGAAGAGUCAUUCAUGACGAAGACGACGAUUUAGAUCACACUUACGAUAAGUUGCCUUCUAGAAGAGCUACGAAAACAGUUUCUUACAAAGAAACAGAUGAAGAUGAAGAUGUGGUAGAAGAGUUGGGCGGUAUCAAAGAUGUACCUGAUGAUGCUGCAUUGAACAUUAAUGAAGUGGAGGCUCCAGAUUUAAAAGAUGAAGAUGCUGUGGGUGGUGUUGAAUAUGGUGGGAACGGUGAAGAUGGUUUCCCUGAGCUGCGAGGACGUAGGGGCCGCAGAAAAAGAUCACAUAUUGAGUCGGAUGACGAUGAAUUUAAAGAAGAUCAAGUUGAAGAAUCCGAGGACGAUGAUAUUGUUCUAUCUGCUGAUGAUGAGGAAUUUGUAGAAAAGAAACGAACUGACAAUUUUAUUGUGAAAGAUGAUAACGAAUGGGGUAACGAUGACGAAGAAGAUGAUGGCGAAUACGGUGUGAAGCCGAAAAGACGGAAAACAAGUAGAACUCGAAAGAAUAAAUCCAACUCAAGUUGGACUGGUUCUAAAAGAGCAACCAGAUCUGGUAGAGCUUUAGAUGAUCCUGACAACACCCUUGCGGAUGGUACGGUGGAGUCUGAAGGAGAAUUAGAUAUUCAAAAGGAAAUUGCUGAACUAUACGACUCCUCCCCUAUCCAUGAGGACGUUGGACAACCACACAAAUUGCGUCAGCGUGCAAAAGUCGACUAUACUAUUCCUCCGCCAAUAACAGCUGAUUUUCAAUUGGAACAUGAAUAUAGACAGGCAACUCCCACAACUGUUAGAAGCAGAAGAGGAAGAACCGGUGCUCCCAAAAACGAGUUUAGAAAAAUCUUGUAUCCAACAGCUGGUCCUUUUGGUGGAAGUGAUGUGAUUUCGUUGUUUGGCAAGAACAUUCCACCUGGCGGGAUUCCUAUUCCCGGUAUGACGGGUGCUCCAAAUAUGACUGCUAUAGGUCAAAAUUUCAGUGACUCAGAUAGUUCAGAGGAUGAAAUUGCACCAAUAAAUGGCGUGGCUACAAUAAGCAAAAAGCAACCAAAAGAUAAAAAACCGAACGUGGGUGGGCCCAAAUUGAUUACUGGUGGAUCCGAUGACACCAGUGGUAAGAAAAAGAAAAGCACUCUAAGCGAUACAGAUCCUUUGGGGGUUGACAUGAAUAUUGAUUUUUCGGUAGUUGGUGGUCUUGAUAAUUAUAUAAAUCAAUUGAAAGAAAUGGUUGCUUUACCAUUAUUAUAUCCCGAAUUGUAUCAAAACUUUGCCAUUACACCACCAAGAGGUGUUCUUUUCCAUGGUCCACCGGGUACUGGUAAAACUUUAAUGGCACGUGCAUUGGCUGCCAGUUGUUCUACAUCAGAAAGAAAAAUUACAUUCUUUAUGAGAAAGGGUGCUGAUUGUUUGAGUAAAUGGGUCGGUGAAGCUGAAAGACAAUUGCGAUUGUUGUUUGAAGAAGCUAAGAAUCAGCAGCCUUCAAUCAUUUUUUUCGAUGAAAUUGAUGGUUUGGCGCCAGUAAGAUCUUCUAAACAAGAGCAAAUACAUGCAAGUAUAGUGUCUACAUUGUUAGCUCUAAUGGAUGGGAUGGACAAUAGAGGUCAAGUCAUAGUGAUUGGGGCUACUAACAGACCUGAUGCAAUUGAUCCGGCUUUAAGAAGACCGGGUAGGUUUGAUCGUGAGUUUUAUUUCCCUUUGCCAGACUUGGGCUCUAGAAAAGAAAUUUUGAAAAUUCACACAAGAAAAUGGAAUCCUGAAUUACCAGACUUAUUUUUGGAAAGGCUUGCUCAAUUAACAAAAGGGUAUGGAGGGGCAGAUUUACGUGCAUUAUGUACAGAAGCAGCUCUUAAUAGUAUACAAAGGAAAUAUCCUCAGAUUUACGGUACCAAUGAGAAAUUGAAGGUAAAUCCAUCAAAAGUAAAAGUUAUUGCAAAGGAUUUCAUGAAAGCAAUUGAGAAAAUAGUCCCCUCCAGUGCAAGAUCCACAUCUUCGGGAUCUGCACCUUUGUCUGAACACUUGAAACCAUUGUUGGAAUCUGAAUACCAGGAGAUCAUUGAAAAAUUGAAUCAGCUCUUGCCAAAUACGGUGGGGUUGGAUGGCAGGAAGAAGUUUACUGCUCUUGACGAGGCCAAAUACCUUGAUCCAACAAUCAAUGAUGAAGACGGGGGGUUUGCCAAGCAACAGUUGCUCAAAAAUUUAGAAAAUUCCAGGAUUUGUCGACCACAUUUAUUGAUAAGUGGUAACGAAGGUAAUGGACAGCAAUAUCUUAGUGCUGCUGUGUUAAAUCAUUUGGAAGGUUUUCAAGUCCAGUCUUUGGAUUUAGGAACUAUGUUUGGAGAACCAACUAGAACACCAGAGCUGACCAUUGUACAAGCAUUUAUUGAAGCCAGACGACACCAGCCUGCCAUUUUAUUUAUUCCUAAUAUUGAUAUUUGGUUUCACGUAUUGCCAGAUCCAGCAAGGGCCACGUUAACAAGUUUAUUACGUGGAUUGAAAAGUAACGAAAAAGUGCUUUUGUUGGGGAUUUCUGAAACACCAAUUGAGGACUUGUCACAUGAAAUAAAAUUGGUGUUUGGGUUUCAAAAUGCUACUAAUAAUGUAAUAUUACACAAUCCACAACGCUCAGCCCGAGCUGAGUUUUUUGAAACCUUAAAAAAAACUCUUUUGAUGAAACCUUAUGAGUUUGUCAACGAUUUGGAAAAUAGACCCAAGAGAAAACUAAAGGAAUUGAAAGUGGUUCAGAAUACUGCUGAGAUUUCCAAUGAUGAAUUAAACAAGAAGAAAUUAAAAGAGCAAGAAUAUAAGGAUACAAAGUUGAAAAAUGUGUUGAAAAUAAAACUUGCCGGAUUAAUGGACUUGUUUAAAGUUAGAUAUAAAAAGUUUAGGAAACCUAUUAUAGAUGAGAAUUUGUUAGCCCAUUUGUUUGAACCAUCCAUUUUGGAAAAUAACCCAUUCAACAAUUACGUGGUUCAGUACGUGAGAUCCGAAGACCCAGCACAUCAAAAUAUGAUUCAAGAGUUGGCUACCGGGAAAUACUACUACAACAUGGAUUUGGAUUUAAUUGAAGAGAGAUUAUGGAAUGGAUACUACAGUGAGCCAAAGCAAUUCUUAAAAGACUUGAAGAUGAUUGUAAAAGAUUGUAUUGUUUCAGGAGAUAGGGAAAGAAUAUUGAAAGCUAAUGAGAUGAUGACCAAUGCCCAAUUUGGUGUGGAUGAUUUUUCCACGCCGGAAUUUUUGCAAGCAUGUAAAGAAGUUAGGGAGAGAGAUUUAUUGAAACAACAAAAACUUUUGGAAGAACAUAAGAAAUUACAGGAAGAAUGGAAUAAAAAGCAAGAGGAAUUGCAGGCUCAACAACAACAACAACAACAACAACAACAAGCAGCAGAAGAAGAAGUUCCAAACGGUGUAUUACCAGUUGCAGAGCUUAUGAAUGGCACCACUGAGAAUGCGAAUGAGACUGAUUCCAAGGUAGUUGUCGAGAAUGAACCAGUUAUUGAAAAUGAGAAAACUGGAAAUAAUACGGAAGACAUAAUAGAAAUUGAACAAAAUGUAAUUCCUAAAGAAGUCAAUAGCCCUACUAAACAAGCUGAAGUGGAAAUACAAGAGGUUGAAACAAAGAUAUCUGAAGAUAGUAAUGGGAAAGAUGUUUCCAUGUCAGUGGACGACGUGGAUGAAUCUGAAUCCGAAUCUGAGGCAGAGGAAGAGCUUAAUAUUGAUUUGACGAAAGAAGUUGAGAUUGACUUACAAGAAUUAGAUUCGAUUACAACAGAACUUCUUGACGUAACUGAAGACUACAAUGUCGAAAGACUAGAGGUGUGUAUGGCCAGACUUAUGGAUGUCAUUUGGAAAGACCGUAAUAAUUGGAACAAGAUUGGUACAUUGGAAAACUUGAAACAAACAAUCAAAUCUCUUGAAACAACUUUAUAG